UGCUGUUCUCUACAUCCCAUCAUGAGACUGGUUGUGCUUGCACUGGCUCUGGCCCUUGUGGCGAGUCAACAUGUGAACCUUGCUCCUGAGUUUGUCGCCUCUAAGACCUACGUGUACAAAUAUGAGGCACUGCUUCUUGGUGGACUUCCUGUGGAAGGUCUGGCCAGAGCAGGAAUGAAAGUCAGCAGCAAGGUUCUCAUCAGCGCUGAGGCUCAUAACACCUACAUGCUGAAGCUCGUAGAUCCUGAGAUCUUUGAGUACAGCGGUGUCUGGCCAAAGGACCCCUUCGUCCCAGCCACCAAGCUCACCUCAGCACUGGCUUCUCAGCUUCUGAUUCCCAUCAAGUUUGAGUACGCUAAUGGUGUGGUUGGCAAGGUGUUUGCCCCCGCUGGAGUCUCCGCCACAGUUCUGAAUGUCCACAGAGGUAUCCUGAACAUUCUUCAGCUCAACCUCAAGAAGACCCAGAAUGUUUAUGAACUGCAAGAGGCUGGAGCCCAGGGAGUGUGCAAGACCCACUACGUCAUCAGUGAGGAUGUCAAGGCAGAGCGCAUUGUUGUCACCAAGUCCAAGGAUCUCAACAACUGCCAAGAGAGGAUCAUCAAGGAUUUGGGCCUGGCUUACUUGGAAACACUGCAAGCAAAGAGCCUGACUGGAGCCGCAACCUACAGCUACAUCAUGAAACCAAGCGCCACUGGUGCUCUGAUCACUGAAGCCACAGUGAGGGAACUCCAUCAGGUCACACCUGUUGCUGAGAUGGGUGGAGUUGCACAGAUGGAGGCCAAGCAAAGCCUGACAUUCCUGGAGAUUGAGAAGGCCCCCAUUGUCCCAAUCAACGCAGAAUAUUUGGCCCGCGGAUCCCUGUUUUAUGAGUUUGCCACUGAAAUUCUUCAGACUCCAAUUCAGCUUCUGAGAAUUAGCAAUGCACCAGCUCAGAUUGUGGAGAUUCUGCACCAUCUUGUUGCCAACAAUGUAGCUAAGGUCCAUGAGGAUGCUCCUCUGAAGUUUAUCCAGCUGAUCCAGGUCUUGCGUGUUGCCACCUUGGAGAACUUGGAAGCCAUCUGGACUCAGUUUAAGGCCAAACCAGAAUACAGGCGUUGGAUUCUGGAUGCCAUUCCUCUUGUUGGAACACCAGCUGCUGUUAAGCUCAUCAAAGAGAGGUUCUUGGCUGGCGACAUCAGCAUUCCUGAAACUGUUCAGAUUCUUUUGGCUGCUGUGCAUAUGGUUCCUUCUGAUCCUGAGAUCAUCAGACUCAUCUCUACCCUGGCCCUGCACCACAAGGUUCAGGCAAACCCUGUUCUGCGUGAGAUUGCUACGCUUGGCUAUGGUACCGCGAUCUUCAAGUACUGUGCUGCAGUUCCUACUUGCCCAGCUGAACUUCUGAAGCCCCUCCACGAGCUUGUAGCUGAGGCUAUUGCUAAGGCUGAUAUGGCUGAGGUCACUCUGCUGGUCAAAGCUCUGGGUAAUGCUGGCCAUCCUGCCAGUCUUAAACCAAUCAUGAAGAUCCUCCCUGGAUUUGGCUCCGCAGCUGCUGCUCUCCCCAUUAGAGUCCAAGUCGACGCCAUCUUGGCUCUCAGAAACAUUGCUAAGAGGGAACCCAAACUGGUCCAGCCAGUGGCAUUGCAGCUGUUUAUGGACAAGGCCCUUCACCCCGAGCUGCGUAUGGUGGCUGCUGUUGUUCUGUUUGAGACCAAGCCAACAGUUGCACUGGUGUCUACUAUUGCUAGCGUUCUGAAGAAGGAGACCAGCAUGCAGAUUGUCAGCUUCGUGUAUUCCUACAUCAGAUCUCUCACCAGGAGUACUGUGCCAGAUUAUGCCACUGUUGCUGCUGCCAGCAAUGUUGCCAUCAAGAUCUUGAGCCCAAAGCUGGACAGACUGAGCUACCGCUACAGUAAAGCCAUCCACCUUGACCUGUUCAGAAGCCCUGUAAUGGCUGGUGCUGCCGGCAGUGCCUUCAUCAUCAACGACGGUGCCACCAUUCUGCCUAGAGCUGUUGUGGCUAAAGCUCGUGCCUAUCUUGCUGGAGCUGCUGCUGAUGUUCUUGAGGUGGGAGUGAGAACCGAGGGAAUUCAGGAGGCCCUUCUGAAAACUCGUGCUUUGGAACAUUUGAAGGACGACAGGAUCACUAAGAUGAAGCGCGUCAUGAAGGCAAUUGCUGAAUGGAAGGCCUUGCCAAAGAGCCAGCCUCUGGCAUCCAUCUAUGUCAAGUUCUUUGGACAGGAAAUUGCCUUUGCAAACAUUGACAAAGCUAUAAUUGAUCAGGCAGUUCAGCUUGCCACUAGUGCCGAUGCCAAGACCAUGUUGAAGGAUGCACUGAGAGCUCUGCAGACUGGCAUUACUGCUCAGGCCGCAAAGCCUCUUCUGGCUGCUGAGAUCCGUCGCAUCUUCCCCACUGCUGUUGGUGUGCCAAUGGAGCUCAGUCUCUACUCUGCUGCUGUUGCCGCUGCUACAAUCAAAGUGAAAGCAACGAUUACUCCUCCUCUUUCUGAACCUCUCACUGCUGCCGAGCUGCUGAAGACAGACAUCCAGUUGGAAGCUGAGGCCACUCCAAGCAUCUCCAUGCACACCUUUGCUGUGAUGGGAGUCAACACUGCCUUCCUUCAGGCUGCCAUCAUGGCCAGAGCCAAGGCUGUCACUGUGCUGCCUGCCAAGCUGGCUGCAAGAGCAGAUGUUCCCAAACUGAACUUCAAGAUUGAGGUUCUCCCUAUUGAGACACCUGAGCACAUUGCUAAAAUCCGUGUUGAGACCCUGGCUAUUGCCCGUAACAUUGAGGACCUUGCAGCCGAGAGAAUUACACCCAUGGUACCAGUUGUUGCUACACAGCUGAGGUCCACUGAGAGGUUUGCCUCUUCGAUGAUGUCUACUUCACGCAGUGCAUCCUCCGAGAUCAUUUACUCUGACCUGAAGCCUCAACUGAGGGCCGGUGUACCACUCCACAAGACCAUCUGUGUGCCAGCUGCUUUCAUCGGAAUCAAGGGAUGUUUCGAAGUCACCUCUAGCAAUGCUGCCUUCAUCAAGAAUAUUCCUCUCCUCAACCUUAUCGGAGAACACGCUGUUUUGGUUGCUGUGAAACCAGCUGAUGGCCCAGCUAUUGAGAGACUGGAGGCUGAAGUUCAGAUUGGACCCAAGGCUGCCGAGAAGCUCCUAAAGGAAAUCAACAUCAUCGAUGAGCAAACCGCCGAGGGCAGAACCAUCAUUACUAAACUGAAGAAGAUCCUUGAGCCUGCUCUGAGAAACCGCUCGUCCAGCUCAAGCAGCUCUAGCCGUAGCUCCUCCAGCUCUUCAGCACGUGCCAACAGCAAGAUGGUCGCCAGCUCCAGCAGCUCCAGCAGCUUGCUUAGCUCCAGCAUUUUUGGUAUCAGCAGUUUGCUGAGCUCCUCCAGUUCCAGCUCCAGCUCCAGCUCCAGCUCCAGCUCAUCCAGCUCCCGCAUGUCAAAGGCCUCCCUCAAGCAAUACCCAUUCAAGAAAUUCCACAAGAACCAGCAUCUGGUCUCUCGCGGAAUCUCCGCUCAGAAACUCAGAAGCAGCGCAAGCAGUGCAUCCAGCUUUGAGGACAUUUACAAACAGAAUAAGUUCCUCGGUAAUGCUGUCGCUCCUGCUGUGGUGGUCAUCGUCCGUGCUGUGAGAACUGACCAGAAGCUGCUGGGAUACCAGGCUGCUGCCUAUCUUGACAAGACCAACUUCAGACUGCAGACCAUCAUCUCUGCUCUGGCUGAGACUGACAACUGGAAGAUGUGUGCUGAUGGUGUUGUUCUGAGCAAGCACAAAGUCAUGGCUAAGGUUGCAUGGGGAGCUGAGUGCCAGGAAUAUGCCACCAUUUUGAAGGCAGAAGCUGGUCUUCUUGGUGCAAGCCCUGCUGCCCGUCUGGAGCUGGAAUGGGUGAAGAUCCCUAAAAUGGUCACUACCUAUGCAACCAGGCUGGCUAAGUACAUCCCUGGUGCUGCCCUGAUGGCUGGAAUCUCUGUCAACAAAGCCAAGAACUGCGAGAAAGAAAUUGAACUGACCGUUGCCAUCCCCACUGAAAGGACAAUUGAUGUCAUUAUGAGACUGCCAACGAUGACUCUCUCCAAACUGGCCUUGCCUCUUCCCAUUGCCCUGCCAACUGGUGCUGAUGCAGCUAUCCAAUUUGUUCCAGAGGAGAAUAUCCUUGAGCAGAUUCAUUUCCUGUAUGCUGAGGCUUCCUCUGCUCAGUGUAGCAUGGCCCAGGAGACUCUGACCACAUUCAACAACAAAAAGUACAAGAAUGAGAUGCCAAUCUCCUGCUACCAAGUGCUGGCUCAGGACUGUACUCCAGAGCUUAAAUUCAUGGUCCUGUUGAAGAAGGAUGAGCUCACUGCACAGAACCACAUGAACGUGAAGAUUGCUGAUAUGGACGUUGACCUGUACCCUACUGGCAGCGAUGUGCUGGUGAAGAUUAACGGUGUGGAGGUUCCUGUUUCCAAUCUUCCCUACCAGCAUCCCUCAGCCCCCAUCCAGAUUAGACAGAAAGCUCAGGGCUUGUCUCUUCAUGCUCCUCGCCUUGGUCUUCAGGAGGUUUACUUCAGCAAGGACCAAUGGAGGGUCAAUGUUGCUGACUGGAUGAAGGGCCAGACUUGUGGUGUUUGUGGUAAAGCUGAUGGAGAGACCAGACAAGAGUACUCCACACCCAGCGGCUACCAGACCAAGAGCUCCGUCAGCUUCGCCCACUCCUGGGUGCUUCCCGCUGAGAGCUGUCGCGACAGCACUCAGUGCCGUCUGAAGCUUGAAUCUGUGAAGCUGGAGAAGCAACUGAUCGUGGAUGGCCAGGCGUCUAAAUGCUACUCUGUUGAGCCAGUGCUGCGUUGUCUGCCUGGUUGCCUCCCAGUGAAGACCAUGCCAGUCACCAUUGGAUUCCACUGUCUGUCCACUGAAUCCAGCCAUGUGGAUCUGAGCAACAUCUCUCAGAAGAGUGUGGACCUGAGGGAGACUGCCGAGGCACAUAUGGCCUGCCAGUGCAACGCUCGCUGUGCAUAGAAUACUAUGAUGUAAACUUCAGAUACAUUAAAUGUUCCCAGUAUCCAAUCCUCUGUAUUAAUGAAACUGAAAUAAAGCCAUCAGCAACUA